GUGCUUGGGUCCUUCAUGUUAUUUCCGUUUGUUGAAAGAAUUAUUAAAUAAGCUUUGAUCGAACCAACAGAAGUUACUAUUAAAUGGAAAUACAUCUGUGAAUAUACAGAAUAUACAAGGAGACGUGUGUUUUGUAUUUAAUAAAAUUAAACUAUGGAAUUGUCGAUUAUAGCUCAACAUGAUGAUUUACGAAGAUGUUCAGAUAUUUUACGAGACGGAAAAGCAGAGCUAGAAUUUUUAAAAUUCGUGCAGCAUCAGGAUGAUUGUCGCUUACGAUGGUUGAAGCUUUCCCAGGAUGCGCAGAGACUUCAACGAGAACUUGAUACAGCUCUACGACAAAUGUCGGAUCUGGAUACUAAGCUAUUUUUUGCUCGCAAAUUGCUUGAAGAGGAAACUAGGGCCAGGAAGCGCGCAGAGCAUGAACGAGAGGAAAUGGAAAAGAAAAUCAAUGCUGUACAUGAAUUGAUAAGAAAUGAGUACCACAUCAAAGAUGAGACCAAACAACAGCUUGCUUCUAUAAAUCUGCUUUCUAACAAAAGAAAAUCCAUCAAUGUUCGUCAUGGCGAGAGAUUGGGAAACGAAAUCAACUCUACAGGUUCAUUUUUAUCGGAUCUUUCCCUAACACAAUCUGAAGACGAUUUUAUAAAUAUAAAUGCUAGCAGCGAACUUUGGAAACCCUUUCGGCCAUCUGAACCUAAAAAACUUAAUAAUAAACGUGCAAAACUUAGUACGGAUAAAACGCAAACAAGUAAUAUUAAAGAAACUAAAAAGGUAAUCGAAAUUGGUCCAAACGAAAAUAUUGUUGCGCAUACGAAGGUUUCUGUACCACAAGAUGAUGGGCCAAUACUUGCGGAAUCAAUCAUUCAUGCUAUGCCGCCGCAACAGCAACCUUCCAAUUCAAAAUCGACGCCAGCAAAAAGUUCAACGGCUAAAGAAAAUAUAUCUCCAAAUUUGUUUAAAACUCCUACAAAAGCCGAUUCAAAAUAUUACAAAGGAAACAUGUACACACCAUCGGCACCUCCAAUUGAGGAAGUGGAACCAUCCAUACAUGAAGGGAAUAUUGUAACGCCAACCGUAAAAGCUAGAUUGAUAAAACAGCAUGUGUUUGCUCCGAAGACGUUUCUUAAAUACUCCGAGUCUUGUACAUGUUGUCAGCAAAGAAUACGUUUUGGUUCAGUGGGUCUACGUUGCCGCGAAUGUAAGGCCGUAUUGCAUUCCGAUUGCCAAGAACGGUUGACAAUUGCUUGUGUUCCACAGAGUGCUGGGACUCCGACAGUUAAGGGGCAACAGGCGGGUUGCUUGUCAGAUUAUACGCCGAACGUAGGACCAAUGAUACCGGGGCUAAUUGUACAUUGUGUCAACGAGAUCGAAACCCGUGGGCUAUCAGAAGUGGGGAUUUACCGUAUUUCCGGUGCUGAAAGAGAAAUUCGCUCACUGAAAGAAAAAUUUCUCCGCGGUAAAACGGUUCCGAAUUUGAGUAGUAUUGAUAUACACGUGCUGUGUGGAUGUAUUAAAGAUUUUCUUCGUUCGUUACGAGAGCCGCUUAUACCGCAGGCAUUGUGGCUGGAUUUCUCAAAUGCAGUUCAAACGAUUUCUAGCAAACAAAAACAAAAAGAGCUGUUUGAUUUAAUAGCUCGUAUGCCACAGCCGAAUCGCGAUACGUUGGCCUACUUGAUACAGCACUUUCAGCGAGUAGCUGAAUGCAAGGAGAUCAAAAUGCCAUUGGACAAUUUGGCCAAAGUAUUCGCUCCUACCAUAGUUGGCUUUACCAGUCCCAAAUUGGAUCCUCAGAUAGUAUUUGCCGAAACAGUAGUUCAGUGUAAUAUAAUGAGCAGUUUGUUAAAUAUUCAAACAGACUAUUGGUCCCAGUUCGUAGAUCUCAAAGGGCCCACCGACGAUGAAAAGCUGCAAAAGGAAUAUGAAUUAACUAAACCUUUCGUUGUCCGAAACACACCUAAAGGUGGUAGAAAAGAGCGCAAAUUUUAUGCUACACCUCCAUACCCGAAAAAAUUAAACUAAAAGAAAUUUCCACCUGUACAAAAUAGCGAGCUACGUAUCUCUGAGAGAUGUACUUAUAGGUCAAUGCUCUGUAAAUGAUAUAACCGUUUAAUGAGGAUGGAAAU